UCAGAGUGGGAUCUUUAACACGGCUUUCCACUGAGUUUCUUUGCCUCAGUCCACCUCAAACACACUCACAGCAGUCAUGCAUACAUGCACCAGCAAACAUAUGGAGCACUACUACUUUCUUCUGCUCUGGAUCUGCAGCCAUCUGUUAGGAUGCAAUGACUGCUUUAAUAUUGACACAACAAAACACAGGAUCAUCAAAGGACCGAAGCAAGCCCAGUUUGGAUACACUGUCCAGCAACACGUGGCGUCUGGGGGAGAAAAAUGGUUAUUAGUUGGGGCGCCAUAUGAAAUGAACGGUGCCUACCAGACAGGAGAUGUAUAUAAAUGUUCACUAACCAAACGAACCAAUGGAAACGGUUGCACCAAGCUUAACCUAGGAAGGAUAUCGCUGACCAAUGUAUCUGAGCGGAAAGACAAAAUGAGGUUGGGAAUGACACUUACAACCAAUCCUAAAGACAACAGUUUUGUGGCCUGUGGCCCACUUUGGUCUUAUGAGUGUGGCAGCUCUUACUACAGCACUGGUAUAUGUUCCAGAGUCAAUGCUAGCUUCAAGUUCUCCAGAACAAUUGCACCUGCCUUCCAGAGAUGUGAAACCUAUAUGGACAUAGUGAUCGUUCUGGAUGGCUCAAACUCCAUCUACCCUUGGUAUGAAGUGCAGGCUUUUCUCAUCAACAUUCUUCAGAAGUUCUAUAUUGGACCAGGUCAAAUUCAGGUUGGAGUUGUUCAGUAUGGUGAGAAAGUGGUGCAUGAGUUCAAACUCAAUGACUUCAAAUCUGUUGAGGAAGUGGUAAAGAGAGCACGCAGUAUUGACCAGCGGGGCGGAGAGGAGACCAACACAGCUCUUGGCAUCAACAUUGCACGAUCCGAAGCUUUCAAACAAGGAGGUCGACGUGGGGCAAAGAAAGUGAUGAUAGUGAUAACUGACGGAGAGUCACAUGAUAGUGCUGACCUCCAGCCGGCCAUAGAGGAGAGUGAGAAGGAUGGCAUCACCCGUUAUGCCAUUGCUGUUCUUGGCUACUACAACCGGAGAGGAAUUAACCCUGAGGCAUUCCUCAAUGAGAUCAAAUACAUUGCCAGUGACCCAGAUGACAAACACUUUUUUAAUGUGACAGAUGAGUCAGCACUGAAAGACAUUGUGGAUGCACUUGGCGAACGCAUCUUCAGUUUAGAAGGAACCAGUAAAAAUGGAACAGCGUUUGGCCUCCAGAUGUCUCAAGCUGGAUUCUCUGCUCACAAUGUUGAGGAUGGAACUUUGGUUGGAGCUGUUGGGGCUUAUGAUUGGAACGGGGCAGUGUUAAAAGAAACACGGCAAGGGAAGGUAGUCCCUCCAAAAGCUUCCUACACUCAAGAGUUUCCAGAGGAGCUCAAAAACCAUGGAGCCUACUUGGGUUAUACAGUGACAUCAGUGGUAUCAGCCAAAAAUGGCCGUCUACUUGUUGCCGGAGCGCCACGCUUUAACCAUACUGGAAAAGUGAUCAUUUUCACUUUGAAGAGCCCUGGCAACCUCACCAUCCUCCAUUCCCUUAAAGGCCAGCAGAUUGGUUCCUAUUAUGGCAGUGAGAUUGCACCGUUGGAUAUUGAUGGAGAUGGUGUAACUGAUAACCUUUUGGUGGCAGCACCUAUGUUCUUCAGUGGCGGCAUGGAGAAGGGAAAAGUAUACAUCUACAGAGUGACAGAGCUGAAUCGUUUUAUUUUUGAGGGUGCAUUAGAGAUCCAUAACGGUGGCCAGAAUGCCCGCUUUGGCUCGUCCCUUGCACCUGUUCCAGAUUUAAAUGGGGAUGGCUUCAAUGACCUGGUUGUCGGAGCGUCAUUGGAAGAUGAUCACAAAGGGGCUAUCUAUGUUUUCUUCAGUCAGCAGAACAGAAUACUGCGCAAAUACAAACAGAGAAUAGCGGCAGCAGACUUGGCACCUGGCCUGCAGUACUUCGGCCGCAGUAUCCACGGAAUGAUGGAUAUGAACAACGAUGGUUUAGUGGACCUGGCAGUGGGAUCCCUUGGUGCGGCUGUUCUCCUCUGGUCAAAGAGUGUUGUCCGCAUAUAUACCACAGUCAGGUUUGAACCCAGUAAGAUCAACAUCUUUGUGAAAGACUGUCAGAGGGGUGGCAAAGACGUGACCUGCAUGUCAGCCAUUGUAUGCUUCAACAUCACUGCGAGGACAGCCAUUGCUGCCACACAGGAAAUUGGGAUUAAAUAUAACGUCUCCAUUGUGGAGCGACGCUUCAAUCCUCGAGCAAUACUGGACAACCCAAGCAAGUCCCAGCCUCAAAACCUAACCCUUCUUCCUGGGGAAGAAACCUGUGAACACAUUUAUUUCCAUGUCAUGGAGACAACUGACUAUGCGAGGCCCAUUGUUUUUGCUGUACAAGUCGGGUUGCGAGAUCCAGACAAUGGACCGGUUCUAGAUGAAAGCUGGCCAACUGUGUCAAGAACUGAGUUGCCUUUCUGGAACGGUUGUGAUGAGGAUGAUCGUUGUAUGCCAGACCUAGCACUGCAAAGUGUGACAGACCUGAUGACUCAAAAGCAGUUCUGUUUACAAGCUGUUCAGUCUCGUGGUGCUUUCUGUCGACAUCUAAGUGAAGGAGGUACCGAGGGAUCUCUACGGGUUCUAGAAGCAAACAGGAGAAGGCUGGUGGUAGAUGUCCGACUGGAGAACAAAGGAGAAAAUGCUUACAAUGCUCGCCUCAAUAUCAGCUACUCCCCAAAUUUGCGUUUCUCAAGCCUCAUAUUGAAGGACAAUGCUGAUAUCAAGAUUGAUUGUUACAUUGAGGACAAACUGAAACAUGAGAAGAUCUGCAAUGUCAGCGCUCCAUUUAUGAAGUCUAAAGCACAGGUAUUAUUUCGUUUGGAGUUUGAGUUCAGUCGCAGUGUCUUCCUAGAUCAUCUCAGAGUCAUCGUGGAGGCAAGCAGCAAUGGCGAGGAAAUGAGUACAGCUGAUAACUUCAAUGAUAUAUAUUACUCACUAAAAUACGAGGCAGAUCUUCUCUUCACAAGGGAUUCAAAUCCAACUCGAUAUGAGAUAAAAUCAGAGCUAUCACUGGAGGAGCCCGGAGUUAUUGGUCCUCCUUUUAACUUCACUUUUCAGAUCCAGAACCUUGGCUACUUUCCUGUGCAAGAUCUACAGCUGAACAUUGAGGUCCCAGAAAUGACAAAAAAUGGCAACCAACUAUUGCAGAUAUCUAAUUUGCACAUUGACCAGAGAGAUGGUACACACUGUGUACCACCUCAGCAUGUGGCACAGAGCAGGGCCUCACCUGAAGACCUCACCCGCUUCUCUCGUUUGAAUCAAACCAACACCCUGAUUCUGCCAAUACAAUGCACAAUGAACGUGGCAUCCUACAGGGACAUCACAGUUAGAAUCACAGGAACUCUACGAGUGCAUACUUUACAUGCAUUGAAGUUUAAAAUCCUUGAACUGGUCACCAGUGCAUCAGUGGAGCUGCCCUCCACCAGUCAUAUGUUUCUACAUGAAGAGAGACCUGUCAGACAAAUAAUACUGGAAAUCCGAAAGGAGGGAGAUUACAGAAUCCCAACCUGGAUAAUCCUCGGUAGCACACUGGGAGGACUCUUAUUGUUAGCCCUGCUCUGUUUGGCUCUCUGGAAGUUGGGCUUCUUCCAGAGGCAGAAAAGGAGCGAUGCGGACGAGCGAGAAAUGAAUGGAAAAGUGGCUGAGGAACGGUAACGCAGGCUAGGUGCCCCCAGCAGACAUCUUUCCCACAGGGGAACCGACACUCAGGGACCACUCCUCCUUCCCCUCUUUCUCCAACAACCACCGUGCGCCACCUAGACAGCUCCGUGUGAUCACUGAGGCAAGGCACCUUCAGCGCACUGGAUGUGUCCCACGCCACAACUCAGCACUGCCACACUCACUUCGAUUUGACUGCACUGUUCCGACAUGAGGGCCUUCGUCCACGUAUCCCACUGUCCUCAGUGUCAAUCCUUCACAGGUCUUGGGCCUUUUUGUUUUUCUUUGGCGCUUUCUCGUCAUUUCUAAGGAACAAUAGAGAAAGUGUUGAUUGCUUUUUUGGGGAGAAUUUCUUGCAAAUCUCUUUGAAUCUUCUUUUUGUAAUAUUUAUUUAACUCAUAGUAAAUAUAUUAUACAUGAAAAACCUCAAGGGUAACAUGUCACCCAGAAAGCUGCCACAAAUGUAAAGAUAUAUUGUUGUAUGUUGAAUUUGAUAUUUAAAAGCAGCAGUUGACUUUCAUCGUGAUGUAUGAUGAUAUAAAACUGUACCAAAAUCACCAAAAAGUUGAAAGAAAAUUAAUUGUUAAAGUGAACAGACUUCUAUUUUCUCUGAAGUUCCUGUUUUUAUUCCAUUCAUCCUUGAAAACAUGCAGGAUGGUCUUAUGAUAUUUGAUGCACUUUUACUUUGUACAAAUUUAACUUGAAUUUGUAAAUAGAUGUCUACUUUUUUAUAACCUUUCAAAUAUUAUGAAAUGUUAUUAUUCUGCACAUGGCAUUAUGUGUAAAAAGAAAGUGGAAAACAAUCAAGAACAUGAUUGUUUCCCAUGGUAGCGCACCUUUUACCAUCCCUUGCAUCAGGACAAAACACUGCAGCAACAUUUUUCUUGUGGAUGAGAACAUUUAAUAAAAUGAUGACAUAGAUUAAGACAGUGUGCCUCAAUCCUUCUGGUCUCGCCAAUGAAUGUCACUCUGUCCUGUUGGACGGGGUGUAAAGAGCUGUAA